AUGAGCCGCGGUAGGAAACGGCGGCGAGGAAGCAGAGCUGAUGCUGGAAGAGACACCGAAGACGAUCUGGAGGCAGCAGGAGAGGAUCCAUACGUGCCGCAAGAUUAUGGCGACAAGGAACCUCUGUCCCCUCCCAACAGGGACUCCAGCUCGGUCUCCCUUGAGCCAGACAAAUCGACGGCGCUACAACGCGACCCGCAGUUGAAUAUACACAAUCUAUCCUUUAUUCUCCACCCAUGUCAUGAGCCGUCGUCCCCCGACCAGGAUACUCAAAGUCCGAAUGCCGAGCCUGCUCCAGCUCAGCAGCAACCUGCACUUCUCACAAGAGCUGUAACCGCACUUGGCCUGACCGAUCAGUCUUUGCAAACAAUGAUCAAAACAUACUUCGACAACAUGGUCGCAAUUAACCUCUUUCACGAGCCCACAUUUAGCCAGAAGCUCAAUACUAUUACCACAGCCACGCAGGCAAAGGCCCUCCUGGCGGCCAUGAUGGGAUACACAGCCAAAUUUACCACGUUGGAUGAAGGAGCAAACAAAAGGGCCAAGAGUAACUUGUCUGCCCAUUAUGUAAAUCUCGCCCUAAGUUUCGCUACGGAGGCUUUGCAUGAAUGCGGGGAUGAGGAGCCACCUUUAUGUAUUCUGCAAGCAUUCAUUGUGCUCUCCCACUGUCAAUUGACCGAGGGCGUUCGCGGCAAGUCAUGGAGAUCACUGGGCACCUGUGUGCGGCUCGCAUACGAGAUGAACCUGCACCUAGUAGAUACGGAAACCAUGGAUGGGGACGUCGAGGUGGAUGCAGCCCAGUGGUGCAAGGAUGAAGAGAAACGUCGGGCAUGGUGGGCAGUCUGGGAAAUGGAUGUGUUCGCCACAACUAUCCGACGGACCCCGACGGCCAUUGAAUGGGGCCAGAUUGAAACAUUGCUACCCGUUGAUGACAUAUAUUGGUUCCAAAAUCGGCCUCAUGGCAGCUGCUUCUUCUUGAAAGAACCGCUAUGCCGGUGGAAGACGCUUCAGGAAUCCGGCCUUCAAUCAGCUAAAGCAUGGUAUAUUGUUAUCAAUUCACUUAUGAAGGACGCACAGCAAAUAUCCAGCCCUCGGGGUGUCUACAAGGCUGCCAGAGGGCACAGAGAUCCUCCAAGGGACAGCAACAGCCACGCGCAGGCACGUCAGAACCUCGAAGCCCUAGGCAAUCUCGUCCACUGCCUGGCAUUGGCCCUACCGGAGCAUCUACGCUUUCGGAACCAGCCUCUGGGUUUUGAGGGGAGAGAGAAUGGCCAGAUCACGUCCGCCCGGCAACUUCACUGCUCAAUAUAUAACAUAUACGUGAUGCAACAGCUUGCCCGGCUAAUGAUCUAUCGAUAUGCUAUCUUUGCGCGGCAGACUCAGGACGCCAGCUUCGGGAAGAACUCCAAUAGAGCUCAAGGAGAGAAUAUCGACAUGGAUAGUUUUCCUAUGCGACAGUAUUUUGACGCCGCCAAUAACAUUCUCAAUAUUGUUGUUCGAAGCUGCGAAGACCACAUCCAACACAUCAAUCCGUUUCUGUCCAGCACUAUCUGGCUUGCGGCUGCCAUUCAAUUAGUACACCGCGGAUUGUCUCGAACAGACGACGCAAAUGCAAGACUCAUACAAUCCCGCUUUGAAGUACUGCACCUUACGUACAAAAAGUGCGUGUCAUUCUGGAACAUCCAGACUGCGAUGCAACAGAACCUCGAGGCCCUCGAAGCGCAGCUGGAGUCUAGCCAGGCCUCUGCCAGAGACAACAAUCCAGAGAACAACCUUGCCGGCUACGACAAACAAGCAUUUAUGUUGCCAUCAGGCGCAAGUAAUAACCACUCGUAUCCUCAAGCCCCAAACGAUGAAUUAAAUGGUUGCGUAGAUGGUGAGCGACGUUUAUCCCAUGAUGCGCAGAGACGCAAUGACAAUCCAGCUGCGGAGAUAUCUCAUUUUCAGUCGCCGCCAAGCACGUUAAACGAGGUUGCAUGUGACCGUGGAAACGAUACUGCCUUUGGAACGACAACGACUCGGGCACCCCGAGACACGGAAACCGUGGGGGACAUGAUACAGCCCCCGCUGAAUGUUCCUGUAUGCGAUACGUUCGAUGUUAUGUCUCAUCUAGAUGACGGUCUCAUCGAACCCUUGCUUUUCUGGAAGAACAACCAUCAGUCUCUAAUUCCACAGGUGGAAGGAUCAGGUCGAAUACCCGAUGCCGGUGGAUAUAUCGACUGGAGAGACAUGGGCCUUCCAUCAGACAUUCAAUCCUUACUAAUAAGGUCACACGGGCAAACACUGUGA